AGCGGCGGCGGUGGGGGACAGCGGCGAACGGCGUGAGCGCGCCGGGAGGCCGGCCGCGCUGCAUGGGGGCGGGGGCCGGUCGCCAUGGAGGGCGUGCUGUACAAGUGGACCAACUACCUGAGCGGCUGGCAGCCUCGUUGGUUUCUUCUCUGUGGUGGUAUCUUGUCCUACUAUGAUUCUCAGGAAGAUGCCUGGAAGGGUUGCAAAGGAAGCAUCCAAAUGGCUGUGUGUGAAAUUCAAGUUCAUCCUGCAGAUAACACACGAAUGGACCUGAUCAUCCCAGGGGAACAGUACUUCUAUCUGAAAGCAAGAAAUGCAGUUGAGAGGCAAAAGUGGCUGGUUGCACUAGGAACUGCCAAAGCCUGUCUGACAGACAGCAGGACACAAAAGGAAAAAGAAUUCACUGAAAACACAGAAGCCUUGAAGACUAAAAUGUCUGAACUUAGACUGUACUGUAACCUUCUUGUUCAGCAAGUGCAUAAAACUAAGGAAGCCAGCAUUUCUGCUGUAUCAGAACCGGAGAGUGGGAUUGAUGUGGGAGCUCUGUUGAAAUCAACCUGUGACACCUUCCUGAAGACUCUUGAAGAAUGUAUGCAGAUUGCAAAUACUGCCUUUACUUCUGAGUUAUUACAUCAGACCCCUCCUGGAUCCCCACAUUUAGCAGUUCUCAGAACAAACAAGAUAAAACACUCAGUCUUGUCCAGUCACACCUCGGCAGAAAGACAGAUGGAACUGAACCCGUGUGAAAACGGCUCUGUAAAAGCAGAAAUUAACCAGCAAGAGCAAACCUUUAUAAAAAGUCUAGCAUGUUUAAACUUGGAAACAAACAAGGGGAGCAGUGAUGUUUCUGUUGAGAAUCAUAUUGAAGAAGAUUUGGCAGGCAUGAAGGAAGAUGAAGAGAACAAGCUGCAAGCUGUAGAAAGCCUUGAUGCCCACAAGUUGCUGCAGUCAGAAACAAAUUCUUUAAGUGGAUUGACUCUGUGUGAGGAAGAUGAAAAUGAAAAUGGGUUUCCUACUUUCUUCAGCGUCAUGAGCAAUAGGUUCAGUGAUAUUGAACUUCAGGAGGAAGAGGGCAUACCAACAGAAGAGUUUCUGGAGUCAUGUUAUGCAAUUGUGCCCGUUCUGGACAAGUUGGGACCAACUGUUUUUGCUCCUGUUAAAAUGGAUUUUGUAGGUAACAUCAAGAAAAUAAAUCAGAAAUUUAUAACCAACAAAGAAGAGUUUGAUACCCUGCAGAAGAUAGUGCUCCAUGAAGUCAGUGCAGGUGUAGCACAAGUUAGAAACUCUGCUACAGAGGCACUCCUAUGGCUGAAAAGAGGCUUAAAGUUCUUGAAAGGGUUUUUGACAGAAGUGAAGAAUGGAGAAAAGAAUAUCCAAACAGCUCUGAACAAUGCUUAUGGAAAGACAUUACGGCAGCACCAUGGUUGGGUUGUCCGUGGGGUCUUUGCGUUAGCUUUAAGGGCAGCUCCAACAUACGAAGACUUCGUAGCAGCUCUGUCUGUAGAAGACUGUGAUCCUCAGGAGGAAACAUUUUACAAAGCAAUGCAGAGGGACCUCAACAUUUACUUACCAGCCAUGGAAAAGCAGCUAAAUAUCUUGGACACUCUCUAUGAAGUACAUGGUUUGGAGUCAGAUGAGGUGGUAUGACUACAGUAAGACAGCGUCUUAAAACUUCAGGGACUGUAUCUGUUAACAAAGAUUUUUUUGAACAUCA